AGAGGCGCUCGUCGCUGCAUUGGUAAUGUCAACCAACUCGUGUGCAUAAAUCCACCUCCAAUUCCUAACUCUUUUUCCAGACAUGUGGAACAAAAUACAGCGCCUUACCUGCCUCACACCACACCUCAAGGCGCACAAUGUUUUCCUGCUCACAUCGCGAACACUGUGCAUGGCGGGAGUGUCACCCGGGAAGAUUCUGGUGGAAUUCAGCUCCCCCAACAUCGCUAAACCCUUCCAUGUAGGACAUCUGCGAUCCACCAUCAUCGGCAACUUUGUGGCAAAUCUCUUUGAGGACUUCCAACAGUCUGUGGUGAGAAUAAAUUACCUUGGCGAUUGGGGCACACAAUUUGGCUACCUCAAACUCGGCGUGGAGAUGCUUAAGCUCUCCGAGGAGCAGUUGAAAAAUGAUCCCAUCAAGCUUCUCUACCAAGCAUACGUGGCCGCCAAUCAGAAGGGCAAAGAAGACGCACAAAUCGCAGAGAAUGCCAGAGAAAUCUUCUCGAGAAUGGAACUUGAGGAUUCUGAUGAUCUCACAAGAUGGAAUCUCUACCGAGACUACACAGUAAAUGAACUGCAGAAAGCAUACAGUCGUCUGGGAGUGCAUUUUGACCAGUACGACUGGGAAUCAAUGUACUGCAGACGAAAUAUUGAAGGUGUUCUCAGUGAUUUGCGAGACAAGGAGAUAAUCAUGAAGGAUCCAAGUGGCAAGGAAGUGAUCGAGAUGGGUGACAGAUACGUAGCCGUUGUGAAGAGUGAUGGGACAACACUUUAUCUCGCUAGAGAUAUUGCAGCUAUGCUGGAUCGGAAACAGAAGCACAAUUUCUCCCACUUGUAUUACAUUGUUGACACUGCCCAGACUGAUCACUUCAAGGCAUUGUUCCAUGUGGCGCAAAAAGUGGGAAUCGACAGGCAUCUCAGUCAUGUGAAAUUCGGCCGCAUUCGAGGGAUGAGCACACGAAAGGGCAGCGUUGUGUUCCUGGAGGAAAUUCUCGAUGAAGCGCGAGAUAUCAUGAAAGAGAAGCAAAUGAAAUCUUCCACAACGAGAGUCAAUCUUGAGGAUUCGACUGACAAGACGUCAGAUAUCCUUGGCAUUUCAGCUGUGAUUGUGAAUGAUUUGAAGCAACGCCGCGCAAAGGACUACACUUUCGACUGGAAACACGCCCUGCAAACGGACGGAGAUACAGGAAUAAAGCUUCAGUAUACUCACUGUCGUCUGUACAGUCUCGCCAUGAACACCGGGGUGCAAGCGGAUGAAUCACUGAACCCAGAACUCCUUCCCCAUACAAAGUGCCAGGAAGUUGUGCAGGAAAUUGAUCGCUUUCCUGCGGUUCUAGCGAGUACGCGAGACUCACUGGAGGCUUGCAUUCUCGUCAAGUACUUAUUUGACCUCUGCAACACUGUGAGUCGAUGCCUGAAAACGGCUCGCGUGAAGCAGGAACCGAGCGUAGAGCUGCAGCGUCAGCGAUUGCUGAUCUUCAACACAGCCCGGAAAACUCUGGCGCGCGGCAUGAGGAUUCUCGGACUCACACCUCUUGAGCGGAUGUGAAUAAAAGAGCCAGAAGUGGCGUAGAUUGACUAAUCAACUGU